AUGAGACACUCCGAAUGGAACGUGUUCAUCAUCAGGCGACACCCGAAGGGCGGCUUCAUGAACCCGAGCGCGGUGCCCCGCGGCCCCUUCUGCAACUACUACGUCCACGAAGAGCAGGACGAGGGUAUCAUGAUCGAAACGGAUGUGCCUGUCAAGGAGCUGCGGUCUCCAGGCAGCCUGUACGUGGACGAGCGGCACCAGCUGGUGGUGCAGCUCGAAUGGCUAGAGACGGUGCUGCUCUUCCAGUCGACGUACCACAAGUACGACGACAUUAGUCGCGUCCAUAACUUCCAGAUGAGGCGAGAGAUCAGCGCCCUGCAGGCGGAGAACUACAGCCUGGAGCGUCAGCUGUUCAGUUACCAGAAGUCGAUCGCGUUCGCCAACUCCCGCGGCACCUACUCGGACGAGCUGCCGUCGCCCGAGUCGCACACGGUCGGCUACCCGGACGCGGCCAACGGCGGUCGCAAUGGGGUCGAGCACGCCCCGCACGGCCUGGCCGAGCGGUGCCUCGACGACGGCGACUACAACGCCUGA